AUGGCACCCAAUAGCCAGAGCCCUGGCGAUUAUGACAGCCCCUCCUCAAGCCAGAUCCCGCUUCAGGAUCUCUCGAGACACGAUGACCCCGCCGACGAGCGCGGUAGAAGUAGCGCCAACAACGCGGGGGGUGGCAUCUUCUCACGACCUUCGAUGAUGCGAACGGGGCCCCAGACUCAAUAUCAAAGCGUGGCUGCGGACUCGCCAAUUGACACGCCCUCGGCGAGCAGGAAUCCCUUCCCACAACCGGCCGAUGCGCGCGAAGAGGAUAUCGCUCACCAUGAUCUGGGGCAACUCGCACAGGCCAUGUCCUUUGGCAUUAGCUUCGAUGAGCCAUACUCACGAUCCUCAGCGGCUGGCCUCUCAGCGAACCAUGACUUUAACGAUUCCGCAUCCGAUCACCUCCAUAAUGUGCCCUUGGACACGUACCAGUCUCAUGACCCCGACCCCUACGCCCCUUACCCUCCCGCGACGGACGAGGAAGAUGCACGAUUAACCGAUCCUCGAUGGUUACAACCGAUUAGUGGUGCCGCUGCAUCGGAGGGACGACCCAGUAGCGAAAAUCCUGCAGGCAGUUCUCGGCUGGGUGAUGACCUUCCCCAUGUCGAAGAUGGUCUUGGUCUUGGCCGUGGACGUGGUAGCAGUGCUAGAUCCCGUUCCUUGUCACCUUCUACUGGAGGCGCCCUCCACCGAGCCAGCUCCAUGGUGAAAUCUAUGUCGCAACGUGUGGUCAAUCUGAGUAACGAACCGGAGGUCUUCUCCCCCGCGAUGGUCGAUUUUGGCCCGGAGUUGAGUGCAGAGGACCGACGAGACAAGCGCAAUUCAUCAACGGCCUGGAAGCAUCUAAACAACCCAUUCCGAGGCAGGUCACUCGGGAUCCUGGGACCGAAUCACCCACUUCGACUUUGGCUUUGCGAUAUCCUCGUUCAUCCAUUCAUAGAACCCUUUGUCCUCCUGAUUAUCAUCAUCCAAACUAUUCUACUUAUUGUGGAAUCCUCCAAAUCCGUCUUCAGCAAACCUAUCGCGGCACGAUGGUCUGCGACUCCCCUGGACUGGGUUUUUCUUAUAAUUUUCAUCUUUUAUACCCUUGAGAUCUGCGCAAAGAUUUUGGUCUCCGGUUUCGUUUUUAACUCGACGGAGUAUAGCACUCUCAAUCGCACCCUGGGCAUCAGGAAAGCAAUUGCGGAGAAGGGCAGGAACCUCAUUACUCCUCACCGGCAGGCGACCACCAAGAAGGUCUCAUUUCUUCCAAGCGAACCACAGUCAUCUAUCAUUCGAACAUUUACUGGGUUGAAUGCGCUGGACACCCCAACUUAUGACGAUCCUCUUCAAAAGCGCCGUGUUCGACUUGCACAUAGAGCAUUUCUGCGACAUUCAUUUAAUCGACUAGACUUUGUGGCUAUCGUUGCCUUCUGGAUAUCCUUUUUCCUUUCCAUGGAGGGCGUGGAGAAAGCCCACCAAUUGUACAUUUUCAAGAUGUUGAGUUGUCUUCGAAUUCUGCGUCUUCUUGCUCUCACAAACGGCACUUCUGUAAUUCUUCGAAGUCUUAAACGUGCUGCUCCGAAUCUCGUUCAUGUCGCUUUUCUUAUCUGCUUCUUUUGGCUCCUCUUCGCCAUCGUUGGAAUCCAAAGUUUCAAGUCUAGUUUUAGAAGGACGUGUGUCUGGAUUGACCCCGAGGGCCAGUCGAACUACACUCAAACCGAACAAUUCUGCGGAGGAUAUCUUAACAGUACAACUGGCCAGGAGAUGUCAUGGAUUGAUACACUGGGUGUUCCUGCUGAUACACAUAAGCCGAAAGGGUACAUUUGCCCCCGAGGUUCAAUGUGCAUUGAAGGCGAAAACCCAAACAAUGGGACCAUGAGUUUCGAUAAUAUCGUGCAAUCACUCGAGCUGGUCUUUGUCAUCAUGAGUUCCAACACCUUUACCGAUCUCCUAUAUUACACCACCGACAGUGAUUACAUGGCCUCUGCGCUCUUUUUUGCUUUCGCUCUGGUCAUUCUGAGUCUAUGGCUGGUUAACUUACUGGUUGCCGUCAUCACUCAUUCUUUCCAAGUCAUCCGAGAGGAGAGCAAGCGAAGCGCUUUCGCUGUUCAGCAAAUAGACGAGGUUGAGAACGAUGAAGCCUCCAAUCGCAAAAUAAGCACCAUCAAGAAGCUCUACGACAAGACGUACUGGUUUUGGAUCCUGCUCAUCAUCUUUGACCUCGUUGUUCAGGCUUUGAGGAGCUCUGGCAUGUCAGACGACCGCCGCUCCUUCGUCGAUAACACUGAGACCGUCAUCACCCUUAUUAUGCUCGUCGAAAUUGUGCUACGCUUCGGCUCGGACUGGCGUGUGUUUCACCGGAGUCGUCGCAAUUGGUUCGAUCUCUUCCUCGUCGUCAUUACAUGCAUCAUCCAGAUACCCGCAAUCCGCCACUCGGGUCGCCCUUAUACUGUUCUCACGCUUUUCCAAAUUCUGCGUGCCUACCGUGUUGUUAUGGCAUUUCCCGUCACCCGAAAGCUUAUCAUGGUUGUGUUUCGCAAUGUUGUCGGUCUGCUCAACUUGAUAUUCUUCUUGUUCUUGAUGACAUUCCUCGCCUCCAUUUUCGCAACGCAGCUAUUUCGAAGCCAGAUUCCCAAUGAGGCCGAUGGUCAAUCUGUCGCCAUUACUUUCGGUGACAUUUACAACUCUUUCCUCGGCAUGUACCAGAUCCUCUCGAGUGAGAAUUGGACAGAAAUUUUGUAUAACACAACCUCCUACACCGUUCAUUUCAACACUGCUUGGAUUUCCGCAUCGUUCAUCAUCCUGUGGUUCAUCGUCUCCAACUUUAUCAUAUUAAACAUGUUUAUUGCUGUCAUUCAAGAGAGUUUCGAUGUUUCUGAAGACGAAAAGCGACUGCAGCAGGUGCGGGCUUUCCUAGAGCAAAAGCAUGUCGGCAGUGCAACUCAGGGUAACCUGGCCCUUUCGAAAAUUCUUCGAUUAGGUCGGGACUCGGAUCGUUAUAAAGAUCCGUUGGACCAUGGACCUGCCGCGCUGGAAAUGUUGUUGAAAGACGCCGUUGUCCGCGAAUUCCUUGACGAAGAAGAAGACGGGGAAGAAGAGGGGAAUGGAGAAGGAGAGAGACCUAAUAAUGCACGUAGAGCCAGUGGGAUGCCACUGGCCGACGGCGCGAACGCACAGGUAGUUCAGCCAGGCACACUCUCACGACUUUAUACCAAGGCCAUGUCUCUCGUUAUGGGACGGGAGCCGAACCCCUUCUAUGCCAAGCUCCAAUUUUCCCGAGCAUAUGAAGAGCUUGACCCUAGGACAAUGGCCAAAGAAGUUGUUUCAGCGGCGGAGGCGAGAAAGCGAGCCCAGCGAAAUUAUCUCGUCGAUCAUCCCAACUACAACAAAUCACUGUACAUCUUCGCGCCGUCUCAUCCAGUCCGCAAGUUAUGCCAACGGAUCGUCGGACCUGGACGUGGCCACGAGCGAGUUGAGGGUGUGGAUCCGUACAAACCAGUCUGGUACGCUUUCUCGGCAUUCAUCUACGCGGCCAUCGUGGCUAUGGUAGUUCUCGCUUGUAUUACGACACCGCUAUACCAGCGAGAUUAUUUCCGCACUAAUCGCAAUUGGUUCGUGUACACGGAUAUGGGAUUUGCUAUUAUCUUCACGUGCGAGGCUAUCAUCAAGGUUGUCGCUGAUGGCUUCUUCUGGACCCCCAAUGCAUACUUCCGAAGUUCAUGGGGUUUCAUCGACGGUGUGGUGUUGAUCACUCUUUGGAUCAACGUUGGUGGAUCGUUGAAGCAUGACUGGAGCGUGUCUCGAGCAAUUGGAGCCUUCAAGGCACUGAGGGCUCUCCGACUUCUGAAUGUCAGUGACAGCGCGAAGGAUACCUUCCACUCCGUCAUCAUCGUUGGUGGAUGGAAAGUUAUUUCCGCAGCUGCAGUCUCGUUGAGUUUCUUGAUACCCUUUGCUAUUUACGGUGUCAACUUGUUCAGUGGACAGCUGGUGCAAUGCAAUGACGGCAACCUCUCUGGGGAUCUGGGUAACUGCGUCAACGAAUUUGAAAAUACGCCAUCCAACUGGGCUGUUCUAGCCCCAAGAGUCGCAGCGAAUCCCUACUACGACUUUGACAAUUUCGGCAACUCGCUCUUCAUUCUUUUCCAAAUUGUCUCUCAGGAAGGCUGGAUCGAUGUCCAAGAUAGCGUGAUGCAAAUUACGGGCAUUGGCCAACAACCUCAAGAUGGCGCGGCACCGGAGAAUGGCCUCUUCUUCGUCGUUUUCAACCUGUUGGGCGCCGUGUUCGUCCUGACACUGUUUGUUUCUGUGUUUAUGCGGAAUUACACGGAACAAACGGGUGUUGCUUUCCUGACAGCUGAACAACGUUCUUGGUUGGAAUUGCGCAAGUUGCUUCGGCAGAUUUCGCCUUCCAAGCGGUCAUUCAACGAGAAGAGCGCGAAGUGGCGUCAGUGGUGUUACCGGAUUGCGGUGAAGAAGCAUGGUCGAUGGGCACGAUUCGUGACUUGCGUUCUCGUUGUGCAUUUGCUCCUUCUAGUACUAGAGUUCUACCCCGAGCCGAAGUUAUGGGAACUGAUUAGAUCUGUCUUCUUCUUCAUCUUCAUGUUUGUUUAUAUCGCAAACGUGAUCGUUCGAUUAAUCGGCCUUGGCUGGCAUCGGUUCAGCCGGAGCUCAUGGGAUCUAUACUCUCUUCUCGCCGUCCCCGGCGCCUUCGUCACCACCAUCCUGGAUAUCUCCUACCGGACCCAAGCUCUUGACCAGCUGUUCAAGACAGCCGCGGCUAGUCUGCCCGUGAUCGGAAAUCUGCUUGCGACUUGGUUUGUCCUUUUCUUGGUUUUCGGUAUCGCCAUGAACCAGGCAUUCGGAUUGACCAAGUUCGGCAGCCAAGGAACUCAUAACAUCAACUUCCGUGACCUACCGAAGGCCCUGAUCCUACUCUUCCGGUGCAGUUGCGGAGAAGGAUGGAAUGCGAUUAUGGAAGACUAUGCCACCAUGGUACCACCUGUUUGCACCCACAAUCCCAAUUUCCUUGAUGACGACUGCGGCAGUGCUGCCUGGGCUAGGUGUUUGUUCAUUGCAUGGAACUUGAUCAGCAUGUACAUUUUCGUUUCACUGUUCGUGUCUCUGAUUUUCGAGAGUUUCUCGUACGUGUACCAGCGGAGCAGUGGCCUUUACGUUCUCAGCCGCGAGGAAAUCCGUCGGUUCAAGCAGGCUUGGGCGACCUACGACCCGGAUGGAUCGGGAUUCAUCACCAAAGAGCAGUUCCCUCGUCUCCUCGGAGAGCUCUCCGGUAUAUUUGCAAUGCGGGUAUAUGAUGGGGAAUUCACCGUUGGAGAAAUUCUCGAACAUUGUAGGACUUCACCUCGAGAUUCAGUCCACUCACUGCAUAGCUCGUUCCCCAUGCGAUCGCGCGAAUCCAUGCGAUCACGCGAAUCCCUGAACCCCCUGAACCCGAUGCAGCCAUCAGACCUUGCAGAGGGCAUUGACAUCGAGAAGCUGUCUCGUAUCAUCGACCGCAUCCCAGUCGAAAUCAUCCGCGAGCGACGACAGCGGUUGAACACCUUCUACGAAGAGGUCCUCGUUUCAGCCGACAUCGACCGCGGCAUUUCAUUCCAUCAGAUUUUGAUGAUCCUCGCACAUUAUAACGUCAUCAGCGACAGCAAGAGUCUCCGACUAGAAGAAUUCCUGCGUCGUCGCGCGCGACUCCAGCGCGUGGAGGAAGCUGUCCGCCGUAACACGGUGAUCGGCUUCUUCGACACACUAUACUGGUCCCGACAAUUCCGACGAGCCAUCGAGCGCAAGAAGAGCGCCCGAAUGACAGCAAUCCCACAAUUCACAGUGCCAGAAAUCUUCGUCGACGACCCAGGCGAAGAACCCGAGGAGACACCAUCAGGUGUAAUGACGCCGCAAACGCAGCCGGGUCCCGACUCGCCAUUCGCGCCGAUGCUGUCGCCGACAUCGACUUUGCACCGAAGAGCGGAGUCCAGUCCCACCGGCCGUCAUACCGAUCUGCCUCGCUUGGACACGACUCUUACGGGCCGAUCGUCUGGCGGUAAUACCCCGACUGAUUGGGCGAGCUUUAGCCCCGCGCGGACCCCACGGCAUAUGUAUGGAGAGCGGGUCUCGUUCGAUGUUGAUGAGCGUCGUGGGUCGGCUACGCCGUCAUCGGGUACGGCCGAUCAUUCGCGGCAGAAUAGCGCGAUGAGUGUUCGGGAUGUUAUGAACUCGCUGGAUAACUCUGCCUGGGGUGAGAGUAUUCGGCGAAGUUUUACGCAGCGCCGGUCGGGGGACCGAUCUGGUGACCGGUCUGAAUAG